UGGGGAGGCAGUGCUGGGGUGGGUGAUGCUCUCCUUACCUCUGUGACUGGAUCCUCUGGAACCACACCAUGGAUGGGGGCAAGCAGCUAAAGGUCACCCUUGUUUUCAGCCUGCCGUUGGUUUUUCAGUUCUGUGCCGGGGACAAUGUCACUGAUUACUACGACUCCAACAGCACCAUUGACUACGGCAUGUUUGAGUCCCUGUGUGAGAAGGAGGAGGUCCGGAACUUCCGUGCUGCCUUCCUCCCAGCCAUGUACAGCAUCAUCUGCUUCACGGGGCUGCUGGGGAACGGGCUGGUCGUGCUCACCUACAUCUACUUCAAGAGGCUGAAGACCAUGACAGACAUCUACCUGCUGAACCUGGCUGUGGCAGACAUCCUCUUCCUGCUGACCCUUCCCUUCUGGGCCACGAGCGCGGCCACAAGCUGGCUUUUUGGGAACUUUGCCUGCAAAGCUGUCUACUGCAUCUGCAAAAUGAGUUUCUUCAGCGGGAUGCUGCUCCUCCUGUCCAUCAGCAUCGACAGGUACUUCGCCAUCGUCCAGGCAGCCUCAGCCCAUCGCCUGCGCCCCCGCAUGAUAUUCAUCAGCAAGCUGACCUGCAGCCUCAUCUGGCUCCUGGCCUUCAUCCUCUCCAUCCCUGAGCUGGUUCACAGUGGUGUGAACAACUCAGGGAGCAAUUCCCGGUGUUCCGUCUUUGCUAAUGACUUGCAGACCUUCAACACCGGCAUCAAAGUGUCCCAAAUGGUGUUCGGCUUCUUAAUUCCCCUGCUGGUCAUGUCUUUCUGCUACCUCAUCAUCAUCAAAACGUUGCUCCAGGCCCGCAACUUUGAGAAGAACAAAGCCAUCAAGGUCAUCAUCGCCGUGGUCAUCGUCUUUGUCGUCUUCCAGCUGCCCUACAACGGCGUCAUGCUGGUCAAGACCAUCUCAGUCUUCAACCAGACCAGCUCAUGUGAGGAGAGCAAGAAGCUGGACGUGGCAGAUGACGUGACCUACACCCUGGCCUGCUUCCGAUGCUGCCUCAACCCCUUCCUCUACGCCUUCAUCGGCGUCAAAUUCCGCACGGACCUCUUCAAGCUGCUGAAGGAGCUGGGCUGCCUGAGCCAGGAGCGCCUCUUGCGGCUCACCACCUGCCGCGACAGCAAGAGGACCUCCUUCGCCAUGGAGACAGAGACCACCACCACCUUCUCCCCCUGAGCCCAGCUCCGGGCACGCCUCGGUGGAGCUGAAAUGGUUCUGGACGUUCUCUCUGGUCUGAACUCCUGGCAGAGCAAGGACUGCUACACUGCAGAGAAGUCGAGGGGGAAAUCCAGAAGCCUCCUCCUGUUUCAAGCAGCAAGGGCUGCUGGCCAAUAUCCCAUGGGUGGAGAGACUUUACAACAGAGCUGUCACUAACAGCAAAGCAAGGGAGAGGUGGUGAGCCUGCAAUUCCUCCUGUCAUUUCACCUUCAGUUUAGUCUUUCCCUGUCAAAAUGAGAAAUGCUCAAAACAGAACAUUUACCCGAAAAGCGACAAGCACCAAGAGAAAACAGACGUUGGUGCAGCAGAACUGUCUGGGAGCAUCACCCUUGCUUUGGAUGUUGCUUUUAACGAGACAACAGCUCUGCAACCUCACAGAAAUGCCCUUGCUGAGUCAGUCCGAGGCCAACCCGCAGCCUCGGGCUGGAUCCAACACACAAACCCAGCUGUGGAGUACCCGAGCACACAACUGCUCUGCCUUCCCCCAUGAAACGUGAGACAUGACCACAGCUAAUGCAAAAUCCAUACAAACUCUAGCCAUAAUUUCAAUUACUUUUUAUAACAUUGUAGCCACUCGUAGCUCUGUCAGGAAAAGUACAAAUUCUACUUUACUUCUGCCUGUAUCCUCUUUCUGGGCUAUCACCUGCUGACCUUGAGAUAAAUAUGAAUGUGGGUUUUCUCCUCCCUGCCCAGCCCUUCCAGCAGGACUUCAGCUGCCUUUGAAGUCAGAGCUGGAUUUCACUCAUAAGCUACUGGGGCGUGUUUUGCAUCAGUGCUGUCGGCACCAACAAAGACACGGCUCGCUGAGGUUUGAUCUGAGCACUGUCCCACCUCUGCCAGGCCACAGCAGCUGAACAGCAGACUGUUGUCAUGGAAAACCAGGCCUUGGAGGAGCCCAGACUGCAAUUCCAGUGGGUGCUUUUACAGGAAGAGCGAAGAUUCCUGAUGACAGAUGAACGCUCUGGGAACCGCUGACGUGGGACAGCUGAGCACCAGCUGGGAGGAGCUGCUGCCUGGCCUGUGCAGCUGUCCCUGUCCUUGUCCUGUGCUCCUGUCCCUGUCCUUGUCCUGUGCUCAGAUCCCACAGCACCCAGCUCUCCCAGAGCCAUCGCCAGUGGAGAGAGGUCUCAGCCUGGAGCUGCUCCCAGGGGAGAUGUGUCCAUGUUCCCCUGAACACACAGAGCCACGAGCAGCAAAACACUCACUAAACAGACAUUUGUCCUUUUCUUCAACACAUGGAUCCAUCAGGAGUGGCACAGAGAACUCCCUGGUUCAUGGGUUGGAGAGCAUUGCUUUAGAGAAUUGAGGGUUAAACUUCCAAGACAGAAUUCACUGGCUGGGUCUGAGACAGCACUGCCAGUUAUUUACCUGGCUGCCACCAAAUCGAAAUAAAUUCUCCAUAAACCAUUGACCUCUGGUGUAUGGGAUUUUUAUCAGGGGCUGGGAUUUGGAAAGAGAGGAUCCUGCUUUGUGUUACCUAUCUGUGCUCAACUGUUGAACUCAUUUUCAUUUACAGUGCCCAGGUAACUGUACAGAAGUGCUGCUUCUCUGUCACAUGAAACAAGGGGUGAUAACAGACACUGAAGAGCUAUUUGCCCUUGGUUUCUUUCUCAUCCUUAUUUGGGCAAGACACAGCUAUCAUGGUCUUGGCCAGAGCCAGGGACACCCCCAGCACAGGGUAUUUGCAGUUCCCCUCAUCAGUAACAAUAUAUUGUUAAUGUAUAUUCAAUAUGUCAAGCUGCUUUACACAAAGUUCAAUCUGUUCAUGAAUGUACCCUGAGAACACUCUGCCUCCAUGGAACCUUUUCAUGCAGAACCAUUCCCCUUAUCCCACCCAAGACACUGCUCCACCAGCACAUGGAGCUGCACUUGUGUCCUGUGACAAAAGCCAUUCCCCUCCUGCAAAUGAAGGAGUCUUCAGGUCCUUACAGACCAGAUGAAUUCCAAAAGGGAUCACACACCUCAGAAAUGAGAUGCAGAGGCACCUCUGGGACAGCUGCAGCUGUGCCUCAGUGAGGCAGGGCUGAUGUCAGAGUGCCUGGCUUUCCCUGCUUAAAUUUAACGGACAGAACAAAUUUGCAUCUCAUUUAGGUGAGUCAUGUUAACGUUGGCCUAAGAUCCCAACCUGUGGUUCCCCACUGA